AUGAAUGAAUGUGAUGCUCUGCAAACAAUGAAUUUCAAAGGCUCACUUAGUAGAUAUUUAUUGAAGCUGAGAGUGCAGCUCAAAUAUCCAAGAUUAUAUAGAUUAUCCUCUUGGAAGAAUCACAGUAUACAGGAUACUCUAAGAGCCUGGGAAAUAUAUCACACUCUAGACUUCCAAUGGGUAAGAGAGCUCAGGAGCUGGGAAAAAGACCAAAUCAGAGAAGUUGAAGUCUUAGUUCAGUCAAUAAGCCUCAACUCUAGUGAAGAUCAAGUAAUCUGGAAGGUCAAUGGAGAAGCUUACAAUACAAAGUCUAGUAUUGAAAUAAUGAGUGCUGGAGACCCACGCUUCAUUGGAAAUUGGAACCAAAUUUGGAAAAUCAAAGUCCCCCAUAAGAUUCAAACAUUUCUGUGGAAGCUGGAGGCUGGUGCAUUACCCACAAAUGAAAGCAUUAACCUUAGAUUGGGUGAUGAAUUCAGUAAGGAGUGCCCGAGAUGUAGGGGGGUCACUGAAUCUGUUAAUCACAUUUUCUGGAAUAGUUUGGAAGCAAAAUCGAUUUGGUGCAUGGUUGCAAAUUGGUGGUCUCUUAAUGCAACUCAAAAAUCUAAAGUAGGAAAUUCUCUUAAAGAAACCUUAUCUAUUUUUAAAGGGAUAAUGGUAUCAGCAGCAUGGAAGGCAAGUGUGGCAGCAGUCUUGUGGUCCCUGUGGUUGAGAAGAAACAAUUUAAUUUUCAACCACUACUGGGAAACAAUAAAUUCAUCAGCAGCUAUGAUCAAAUACAGAAGUUUCAAAUGGCUGAGAGCAGAAAUGAACUUUACUGAGGAACUAUAUAAUCUGUGGCAAGUUAAUCCAAUGGGAGCAACAAUGCUGCAUAACAAAAAUGGAACUUAUCAGGAUCUAGUCUGGUGGAAUGCAGAAUUCAAAGCAUUUACAGAUGGAUCCUGGAAAUUCAACGGUAGCAUUCACUCAGCUGGUAUAGGAGGAUAUAUUGAAGACACAAACCAAAGCCUGAUCUUCAUCUUUUCCGGGCCUUCCAAGGCAGCAUCACCAAAAGAAGCUGAAAGAGAAGCAAUUAUCUUUGCUUACAAAUCUUUUAUAUCCCAAAGAUCAAUUCAGGGUCGUUUACAAAUCAUCACAGACUGCCUAACUCUUGUUGAUGAGUUCCAGAAAUGCAGAGCGGGAAAUAGUACAAUUGAGGACCAUGCAGAUUGGAUUGGACUUAUUAAAAACCCAUAUAUUAAAAUAGUUUACUCUCCAAGAGAAAACCUCACUUCAGCCCAUGAACUGGCGGCCCAAGGAGUUAAUAGUGAGUAUUCAUUACAUGCUUGGUGCUAA